AUGGAAACAGGUCCAAAUAACAACGUUGGUCACACAACGGAAGGUAACACUGAAUCAACGGUCCCUUAUCAAAACUUGAUCGGAAACCUGAUGUACCUGGUGCAAGGAACACGUCCAGACAUCGCAUUUGCAACUCACUACCUGAGUGAGUUUAACCACUGUUUCACGUCCACUCAUUGGCAAAUGGCAAAAAGGGUGCUACGCUACUUGCAAGGGACGAAAGAAGUGGGUAUCACGUACACAGCUUGUGCGGAACCUGUCGUGGGGUAUUGCGACGCAAGCUGGAACGAGUCAGGCAAAGGGAAGUCACGUAGUGCUUACGUAUUCACCAUGUCCAAAGGAGCCAUCAGCUGGAAAUCGACGAAGCAACAACUCGUCGCGCUGUCAACGUGUGAAGCGGAAUACAUCGCUAUCACCGAAGCCAUUAAAGAAGGUAAAUGGGUGAAGACAUUGUUUAAAGAACUUGGGUUCUGCAAAUACGGUACGGAGAGCUUGGAAAUCAAGAGUGACAAUCAAGCGGCCAUAAGACUAAUCGAAAAUCCAGCACAGCAUCAAAGGUCCAAACAUAUCGCCCUCAAAUAUCUAUUCGCUAUAGACACGAAGUCGAAAGCGGUGAUUUUUUCAUUUCCUACCUACGUACAGAAGAUAUGA